CGGCGCGGCCCCGCACGAUGCCGCUCCGCAGGCUCCUGCCCCUUUGUCUGCUCUGCCUCCAGGCUGCGCUACCGCUCCGCGGCCACCGCGGCCGCUACGCCGGUGAUAAAGUCAUACGAGUUGUUCCUGAGAGCGACAGGGAAACACAGAUCCUGAGGGCUGCGUUCAACAGGCUUAAGGUGGACUUGUGGCAGCCCAGCAGCCCCUUCCACAUCGUCGAAGGUACAGUCGCUGACGUGCGAGUACCGCAGAACACGAGCCGGAGCCUGCUGCCCUACCUCCAGCAAGCAAACAUCCAGUACACGAUUCUCAUAUCAGACCUACAGCAAGCAAUAGAAAACCAGACUGGAGUGAGGUCCCAUAGGAAUCGAAGGUCCCUCUCUGGGUAUAACUACGAAGUGUACCACUCCCUGGAAGAGAUUGAGGAGUGGAUGCAUUAUCUGAAUAGAACUUAUUCAGAUCUUGUUCACAUGUUCUCUGUUGGAAAAUCCUAUGAAGGGAGACCACUGUAUGUACUCAAGUUAGGUAAAAGAUCACGGCCCUACAAGAAAGCUGUCUGGAUAGACUGUGGGAUUCAUGCAAGAGAGUGGAUUGGCCCUGCCUUCUGCCAGUGGUUUGUGAAAGAAGCUCUUCAGACAUACCAGACUGAUCCUGACAUGAGAAAGAUGCUAACUCAUCUGUAUUUCUAUAUCAUGCCUGUAUUUAAUGUGGAUGGAUACUAUUUCAGCUGGACAAAUGAUCGAUUUUGGAGAAAAACAAGAUCAAAGAACGUGAGGUUUCACUGUUAUGGUGUUGAUGCUAAUCGCAACUGGAAAGUGAAAUGGUGUGAUGAAGGAGCUUCGUUACACCCAUGUGAUGAUACUUACUGUGGUCCUUUUCCCGAGUCAGAACCUGAGGUAAAGGCUGUUGCUCAUUUUCUCCGCAAACACCGGAAACAAAUAAAAGCCUAUUUGUCCUUCCAUGCAUAUGCACAGAUGCUGCUGUACCCUUACUCUUACAAAUAUGCAACCAUUCCAAACUUCAACUGUGUGGAAUCAGCAGCCUAUAAUGCUGUUAACGCUCUUCAGUCAGCCUAUGGUGUAAGAUACAGAUAUGGCCCUGCAUCCAGCACUUUGUAUGUGAGUUCUGGCAGCUCUAUGGACUGGGCCUACAAAAAUGGCAUCCCAUACGCAUUUGCAUUCGAGCUGCGUGACACUGGCCAUUUUGGUUUUUUACUUCCCGAGACACUGAUCAAACCAACCUGCACAGAGACCAUGCUUGCAGUUAAAAAUAUAACUCUUCACUUGCUGAAGAAAUGUCAUUGAAAUGGAUUUCUAGGAGCUGGAAGUGAACAUUUUACUCCUAGUGCUGAUGCCUUUCAGCGUGUUCAGUUGCCAUUCUAAGUUUGGCCACUUCAGAAUUCUAGAAGCUAAUGGGAAAUACAGUAUUGUUUCUGCCAAAUUUACUUAGUGGAAAAUGGAAAAAAAUCAUUUAAUAUCUGCUCUUCUAAAGUCCAUAAAGUUGAUAUACUAACUUAGUUACCAGUUUGGUGCAAAAUAGUUUCUUCUUUUUGCAAUAAAACUUUAAUUCUGCAACUUCAGUGAGGCCGGUCCUAAAAUAAAGCGCCACUUCCAGGCAGUUCCUGGCCUUACUCCUUUCCCUAAGAUGAAGACUUCCUGUGGGGUCUCUCGAACCAAGGGAUAAAGUUUACAUUCAUGUAAAUAUACCCUGUGACCCAACACAGGCCUGUAUCUACUGCAAUAAAUGCCUUAUAGAGGUAGCUGGCUGCGCUGCAAGUGGCAGUGUGGCUUCCUUCUGCGUGUAUACGUACAUACAUACAUAUAUGCACUUUUGUGAUUUUUUUUUUUUAUAUUAUGCAAUAAUUUGAACCAAGGUUUCUUUGAACUGUUCUGAGAAAUCUACUUUCAAAUGUAUAUAAUUGGAGUGGACUCAAAAUCAACAUAUUGUCUUUGAAAACGUAACUUUCCUAGUGAUGUGUAAGGAUUAUAAUGAAAUACUAUUGAGAUAGACAAUACUCUGCUUUAUGGAGAGACAAAGCAACUUGCCAUGACCUGGAACUUGAAGCUGGCAGUCGACUGAUGCAUCUGGGCUCUGCUGUAGUCAGGGACCGCCCGUUUCCACCAGCCAAGGAUUUAGCCUUAAAUUGUAAUUAACUGAUGUUUUAUUUAUCAGUAUUCUUGCAGUGAGUUCUGUAGCUCUUUGGCUAUGUGGCUCUUCUUCUUGGAAGUUGUAUUUUUAUGCAUGUUUUAAAGGAAUUAAUAAAUUUUUAAUAGAUUCUUAAGUGAGCCAGAGGUGAAGGUAGAAGCCUUACAGCUGAAAUAAAGUGAAUAAGCACUGUUUGAAAGAAUAAUGAAAGCACAAAGAAGGUACCAACAUGUUGAGAGAUUUUUCGUACUUUUAAAAUACUAUUUUUUAAAUCUUAUUAUAUCUGCAGAAGCAUAUAUUUUACUUUACAAAUUUUGAAUUUAAUCUUAUGCCACUACAUGUUAACUAAAACAUAUUUGUUAAUAAAAUUGUCAAAGACUUUUGAAGUAUUCUUCAUAUUUCACUUCAGUGUUAAAUCUUUAGUUCAAGGAUGUAACAGUUUUACCUAUCUGUAAAACAUUCCUGACAAUAAGGAUGGGGAAUUUAAAAAAAAACUAAAAAAAAAUCCUCUCUAAAUAAGCACUUGAAUUUAGCAAACAAGCAAUCUUUAUAAGUCUUAUAAGGGUAGCACUGUAUUUAAUAAAGAAUAUCAUUGUUUUCAGGACUCCAAAAGGCGAUCAGUGAGCAAAGAUGACAGAAUUGCAUUCUAUUUGUCUAACAUUUUGUUAAUAAAUGUGUUUAUUUUACACAAGUUUUCUGAAGGCCUGUUCAGACUUGUUUAAUUCAGUCUUGUUUGAGUACUGUAAGUUUCUGUUCUGGUUUAUUAAAAGUCUAGGGGACAGAAGCCCUCAAAAUAGUAAUUUCCAAUUGCUUAUGAGCAUAACCAUUAAAUAUUUUGAAGACAGCAAUAACUGUCUUUUUCUAUGCACAGAUUCCUGAAGAAUAUCCUUGGUAGUGGUACAAAUGCUUAGCACCAAUUGUUAUGAGUUAUUCUGAAUUUAGGUGACAAGAUUGAACUACUAUAAGGAUGUAAGAGACUGAAAAAGAGGAUGAAUGAGGGAUGUCUAAUUAGCAUGAGGCAAAUUCACCUCUGAAUUGCUACAGUACAAGCAUGGAGCAGGAGAAACCAGAUUCUUAUGUGAUGGUUUGAUUCCUGCUUGCAGUCCAAAAGUUCAUCAUAUGAAAUAUUUCAGCUUUAUGUUCAUACCAUUACAACUCCACUGGUAAUGACAAGUAAUUCAACUCUUGAAAGAAACAAAUGUCCUCUUUUAAUUACCAAAAGGACCUAACAUUGUAGACCUAGUUGACCUUCUUGGACAGAAAAACUGCAAGUAUUCUUAGAUUUAUCUAAGAAACUUUGACAGUAAAAGUACUUGAUAUCAAACCCUUUCCAUGCGUAAAGCUACACACUAGUUAAUGGAUGGACUUCACUUGAUUACUAUGUAUGACGCACAGCUGAGAACUCUGAGCUGAGUUUUGAAGACUUGUGCAGGGUAACAUAAUGCCCCAUAGCUGAAUACAAGUGUAAAGAGUCUCUGAACCCUCUAGUUUCAGGGUCAUUAAAGCUGGUGGAAACACAGUUGCUGGGAAAGAACAAGCCCUGUUUCCUGAACUAAAAUUUAGUAAAAUAAUUUUUCAGCAGAAGAAUGAUUCUAAAUGGAGUAGUUUACCCUAAGGAGAGGACUAAUGGCAACCAGCUAUUUGGAUAUGAAAUCAUAUCAUUUUUGUGACUUAUAAAUGUUUAUUCUCAAGAACAGCUCUUUUUUAUCCCUAUAAUUGCUUACUUCUCUUUCCUUUGUAAUUUUCAGCAAUUUUUAUUGACUACAGGACAACAGAUUGAAAGCUGAUUUCGAGAAAAGUGAAUUUAUUUUAUGAUCAUAGGUACAGUUUGUCAUUCAACACAAUAAAAAGUACAUGAACAGCAAAACACUGUUUAGUAACCCAGCAGUCAAAAUCAUAUAUAUAGUGAUUAUGUGAAAUCCAGAAGUUACAUUUCCAUUGAUUAUUGAUAGAAUAAUUAUAAGCACUUCUGUAACUUGGAAAACAACAUCCGUUAUUUUUUAAUAGCUUUUAAUUUUUAUAAACAAACCUCUGAGAUUAAUUAAUAGGAAGGAAACAGGUCCGUGCCUCUUCAAGUCACCAUUCCAAAAAACAAGUAUUACAAAUUACAUUAAAUCAUCAUUCCUAAAUUGAUUUAAAAAUCCCCUUUAGAGAUCAAAAAAGCUAUUGAGCUUUGUUGCAAACCUUGAAGAAAGAGCACUGCUGAUGGGUGAAGCUUCUUGUGUAUUUUCCAGAAGUUGCUUCAAAAAGGUCAGUGUAUUUGGUUGCUCCUAAUAUAUAAAGCCUAUGGAAAACUGCAGUUCCUUUUUGAGAACUGCAAUACCUUUUCCGAAAUGUGAAUCGGAAGAGUCCAAAUGACCUUGAAUGCCAACAUGCAUUUAUAUCCAGAGCCAGUCUAUAGGAAACAGCAUUGUGCAGAUUGAGCUGCCUACUCAAGGACCGCAUAAAAUAGCCAUUGAUGGACAAGAUUGUGUCUAAUUCUUAAGGCUGGGAAGAAAGCUUUGUAUUUCUUAUGAAAAAUAAGUCAAUAUUCAACUGCUCCAGUUUAUUUCUGUUAAACAAUCCCUUCACUUUUUAUAUUUACAUUCAUUUUAAUGGUACCAAUCAAAGAAUAAGGUACUCAGUAGCAUGGGUAGGGUAAUAAGUACUUUUGUUAGCACUUUAACCUUUCCUUUGGUUGUCCAAAAUUACUUUAUCAUUUCCAUAGUUCACUGUUUUGUAGCAGUCACAUUCAGUCUCACACAUGCAUUCGUGUUUUUGAAUCUUUAAGCAGUUCUUAAGUGAUGGUAAAACACCAGAACAAUAUCUCAGAUGCAUAGAGAUACAACUAUCAGUCUGCUGUAGAAAACAGAAUAAGAGAACAGAAAUUUAAAUAAAUUACAGAAAGACAUCUUAAAAACAAACCCUGCGGCAUUAGGUAUACUUCUUAAAAAACAUUUUUAAAUGCUCACAACACAAAAUAAUUUGUAAAUUUGUUGGAAAUUUAAAAUUAUUCUGUCCACAGAAAAGGUAGAUUAUUUGCCAUGUGCUUAAUGUUUGCCUGACUCUCAUAAUUAUUUAGCAUAAAAAAUUGAGGUCCAAACAGCUGUAAUUCCCUUCUCCUUCAUUGUGUAGGAGGGAAGCUGGGUGUGGAGAGAGCUGCCUUCUUAGUGACUGCAUCGAUAGAUUUUCCAGCCCUGUCAGCAGCACCAAGCUGGGAGUACUGAUGCUGUUGAUGGGUCUGUCUUGGGGGAAGUGAAACAACUGCAGAGAGGUUUUCACUCUUCCCGGCUGAAUGCGCCUGUUGCCACAAGCAUGAUGCGCCGGUUGAGCAGCUUGUCAGAAAUUUACAGCCUUAGGCUGCUCCUGGUGUCAAAAGGGCCUGCCCUAACAACAAGGUCUUCUGUUAACAUCCGCAAGUUUGGGAACUAGCAGUGAGCUAACACACAGUUCUCCUUAGAAAAAGAUGUUUGGGGCAAGGGCAUUGAGAAUUGGGAAAUCUUUAGCCACUGAAUGCUUGACCUUGCCUGACAGGCAGGAGCAGUCAAGCAGAAAGUCUCAGGUCUCUCCACUUCUAAGGUGGAGGUCCUUUCAAGCCAUCUUGUAAGAGACCACAUCAAGCACAGCAGGGCUUGCCCUUGGAUUCAGACAUCAGGGAAUGCACUCAUAAAUAAUAGAUUCAAAUGUUAAUUUAAAAAAUCUGCCACUGUCCCCAGCCAUGCAGAGAGCAUACUUUGCCUGUGACAAGGAAAAUUUAUCCAUUGCCCUAAAAACAUGGGGUAAUCUAUUCCAUCAGUCUGGCCUGCUCUGAAAGUCCAGCCACUUUAACACUGCUUGGCCUUUUUGAAAAAGAUGUGGCAGAAUAACCAUAACAAUGAAAUAUUUUAAACUACUCCCAGGCCCGUAGGAGCAUAUACUUUAUAUAAAAGAAUGGAUAACAGCUUCUGAAAUAAAUAUUGUGGUAUUACUGGGAGCAGGUGCUUUAGUCUACUUUGCUGACUGUGAUGUGCCAGGCUAUUCCUCUGCAUACCAGGAUGGAUCAAUGCUGGGAGGAGUGUGUGUUUUAUUAACCAAUUAAUGAAACUUUUUUCCCACUUCUGAGCAGAAUAUCAAAUUAGGCCUGAAACUACAUACACACAAAAGAGUCUGAUAAAGUUGGAUUUUAAAAACAGGAUUUUCAAUUUUCUUGAAAAUAAUGCAGCUGUUAAAAUCACAGCCAUAGUUUUCAGCUGGUUUAUUGUUUUCAGCAUGUCAUAACUGAAAAAAACCCCAGUUAUAGCAGCCUUGAAAGCUGAGCAGAGAUGCUGAUCUACUCACUGUUUAAUUUCCCUUGUUUCAUUUUGCUUUGUUUCUAGAUUGAGAAAAUCUGUUGAUUGGGCUGAAUUGAUGGAGUGCAGUCAAAAAGCUGAGUGUAAAGGGUUUUUCUGUGUCUAAUGAGCUAGAAAUAGCUACUUAAAAAAAAAAGUAGCUUCAUCUAUUUUAAGUUCUUUAUACAGACUAAUUGCUUUAUGCUGUUUGAAAUAAAUUAUCACAUUCACAGAGA